AUGGUCAAGCGUAAACUGGCAGCACUCGAGAAAGUCGAAGCGGACCUGCCAAACCUGCAGAACAAGAUCAAGCGCGAUCCCAGAUCGUACGAAAAUGAUUUCCUCCACCAAUACAUGCAGUAUGAGAACCAGCGCACCAUCUACCUCCAGUCGCCUGGAUCGGACACCGACAGCGGCCUCGCAUCCUUCCGAGAACUCAUAGAAUUCGUUGCACACGUCUCCGACUGCUACAAGCAACACACCAAAGACUUCCCCGCCCAUCUCAUCGAGAUCCUUUCGUUAUACCAUGCCGAACUCGAACCACAGUUGCGGGAGAAGAUCGUGGGCAGCCUGGUCUUACUGAGGAAGAAAGAGUUGAUCACCUCAAUCGCUCUGCUGCAGUGCCUAUUUCCGAUAUUGACAGCAACGCCCAGCAAGACCUUCCGAGCAUUGCUCUUCCAGAAGAUCUUGAGUGACCUACGCUCCGCGAACACACCGACUAUCAAUCACAAAUUGAAUCGUAUCAUCCAGACGGACCUGCACAAUCUCGUCACCGCUGACAAAGCGUCCCCUCGGGCGCUAUGGGCUGUCAAGAUCACCAGGGAAAUGUGGAAGCGACAGAUAUGGACAGACUCAAAGGCUGUCGAAAUCAUGAAAGAGUUUGUUGUUGGUGGCGUCCGCUUCUUUCUCGGCGGAGACAAAGAGCGCGAGGACUUGGAAGACGAGAGUUCCGACGAAGAACGGAUCGAUAUGCGCCAACUGCGGCAUCAGGUUGGAGUCAACAAGAAGAGCAAGAAGGCGGAACGGAGGCUGGAAAAUGCAGCAGCAGCUGUGAAGCGGAAAGAGAAGAAGAAGAGCCAACCACACCAGCUGAACUUCUCUGCGCUCCAUCUCCUCCACGAUCCUCAGUCAUUCGCAGAGGAACUCUUUUCCAGACAUCUGCAAAGCACCCGCUCGAAGCUGAAUCUGGAGCAGAAGCUGCAGGUUUUGCAACUAGUAUCACGACUGAUCGGUCUGCACAAAUUGACCGUCAUCAGCUUCUACUCUUACUUCCUCAAAUAUCUUACUCCGCGACAGCCGUCCGUCACAUCAUUUCUGGCGUCUCUGGCACAGGCAACGCACAAUCUCGUUCCACCAGACGUAAUUGAGCCACUGGUGCAGAAAAUCGCCAAUGAAUUCGUGUCGGAAGCAGCAGCUGGUCAGGUAGCGGCGGCCGGGCUCAACGCUAUCCGCGAGAUUUGUGUCCGGCAACCUCUGGCAAUGAACGAGACUUUACUGCAGGACCUGGUCAUGUACAAGAAAAGCAAGGACAAGGGCGUCAUGAUGGCAGCAAAAGGCCUGCUGGGCUUAUACCGCCAAGUUGGAGCGGACAUGCUGAAGAAACGAGACCGAGGCAAAGAUGCAGCUAUGAAUCUGAAGACCGGUGACCAAGUACAGCACCGCUAUGGCGAAGAAGCAGCUGGCGAGAUAGAAGGCCUCGAACUGUUGGAGAAAUGGAAGGAAGAAGAGCGGCAGAAGAAGGGUCUUGCCUCCGACGAGGAAGACCCAGAGGAAGACUGGAAUGCUUGGGAUAUUGAAGACGCUGACAGCGACGACUCCGGCGGCUGGAUCGACGUCGAGAGUGACGACGACAUCAACAUCUCCGACAGCGAAGAUGAGAGACACACCCCCAAAAAGCCCAAGCUCGACAACGAAGACAAAGAGAACGAACCUGCCGCUACUACUACCAACGCCCACCGCCACAUCGACGACCCACUCACCGCAACCGAGAUCGAAGGCCUGUCCUCCCUGUCCGCGGGCAAAGCCACCCGCGCGCAAAAGAUGGCACUCCUGCAGCAGCACAAGGACGACCGCGAGGAGCACAAAGGCCGGGCAGCGCGGAAGAAGGAGCGCAAGGCCGAGUUGGGCAAGAGUACGACGAACAAGGAGAAGGCGAGGCGAAAGAAUUUCAUGAUGACGCUGGGCAAGGCGAAGAAGAAGGGAAAGAUUAGUUUGGUGGAUCAGAGGAAGGUGUUGAAGGCGAGUGAGACGCAGCAGAGGGGCAAGAAGGCGAGGAGGUAA